AUGAAGAGAGUCCUCAUGUCCCUGCUGGGCAAGGGCUUUUGCCUCCUGGGCCUGGGUGGGCCACACCAGGAAACCGUCGACGCAGCCCGCCUCGAUGCCUUGCGGCUGGUGCAGGAGAAUGAGGGAGCCGACUUCAAACCGCCGCCUUCACUCAUCGUGGACGGCCUUCUGGGCGAGGAGGGCUCUGCGGAGAUCAUGAAUCUCGACGGCUUCAACUAUGAGAAGGCCGAGAAGAUGGGCCUGCAAGCUGCCGACGAGCUCCUGGAGAAGAUGGGAAAUGAGUUGGCAAGAGUAGACUCCAUGCUGCAGAGCCACGUCAGCAGCCGUUCUUCCUUGAUCCUCCACAAGGCGGGGAUCCCCCUCGACUGCGAUGUUCCGGAGCUCACCCCAGUUGGUUGCCAAAAGUGGCUCGAGGUCCUGGGCCACAGCCGGCUGAUGCUGAUCCUCUUCCUGGGGCCAGGUUAUGGCCGCCUAGAGUUUCAGCCCUUGGAUGCCGAGGGCGUGGAGCCCUACGAGGUUGACGUUGGCCCUGGGACUCUCGCAAUUGUGCGGGCAGAUGGUGUGAGCCACAGGUUUUUUUCUACAGCGCGGAGCCUUGCCGUGAGCUGCUUCCUGCUCGAGGAUGCAGCGGCGACCUGGCGGCGGAGAUUCGGUGUUCCAUUGGUGACCACACCGGUUUGCCGCGAUCUCAUGGAUUGGGCCAAGGAGCGAUGGGAGCUCGCGAGAAGGCAGCAGAGCGUGAGCCAAGAUGACGCCCUAGACCUGCCCCCACAGUGGCAACGCAUGGCGCACCAAGUUUACCAGGUUGGCCCUCAGGUGGUCGUCCGCGGCACUUCUUGCAAGUUUCCAUCCUCCUACAGCGACGCCGGCUUCUGGUGCGGUAUGCAAGCUGGCUGUGACCUCAUUGAAGAGGUGCCGUAUUGCAGAUGGGAUCACCUGGACUUCUUUGACACAGAUCCAGAAAGCUGGAAGUGGGCUAAGACAAAUUGCCGGCAUGGAUCGUUCAUUGAUGGAAUCGAGCUGUUUGAUAACAAAUUCUUCGGCAUUUCGCCCGUGGAGUCUCGCGGGAUGGACCCCGCUCAGAGGCACAUCCUUGAGACCUCCUAUGAAGCUCUGUACUUCAGUGGCUACAACAAGAAGAACCUCAUGAGGUCCCUCUUGGGCGUCUACGUGGGCGCAGCGGCGACUGAGAUGAACUUCAUGCCUGCUACCGCUUGUAGCUCAGGCACUGGGGGAGCGAGCAGUAUCACCUCGAACCGAAUCUCCUUCUGCCUGGGCUUGCAAGGCCCCAGUUUCACAGUGGAUGCCCAGGGUGCCUCGGCACUGGCAGCUAUGGGGAACGCCGACAUGAGCCUGAGGGGAUAUUGUGGCAAGCCUUGCUAUCAGAUCUGCGUGGCCAAUAACCUUUGGAUCCGUUUGGCAGUAGCGCACAUAUCUGGCCUUGAUACGCGGUAUCCCUACGCAACGACGCACGAGUGCCCCAGCAACUCUAUGAUCUGGUCACUUGCAGCCCGAUUAUCAGAGCUGCGUACCGUACCCAGACUCUCGCAACUGGUUGUUACUGUAGAUGUCUGUGACCACGAGUGCGUUGGAGGGGCAUAUUUCAUGAUCACCGGCACCACCUGGAUUCUGUUAAGUGCAAAGGGGCAGCUCUCUCAGCAAGGGCGCUGUUUGUCCUUCGACCAGUCAGCCGAAGGGUUCGUGAAGAGCGAGGGCGUGGCAAACCUGGUUUUAGAGCGCGACGAAGACAACGGCAAAGACAGAGGUCCCCCGGUUGGGAUUAUCGCCGCCACUUAUUCCAACCACACGGGCCGUGACCUUGUCCUGCAAGCCACCCGGAUAGCGGCCAUUGCCCCGUCGUCCGUAGAUGCAGUGGAGUGCUUCAGCCACGGGCUGCCCCUCCAGGAUGCGGUCGAGGCACAGGUCUUGCGGAGGGCCCUCCGAGGCUACGCGGACGUGGAGGCACCGCUGUCCCUCACGAGUGGCUUCACGGGCAGUGGGAUGGCCCUGGAAUGUGCCGGAAUGAUGCAGAUUCUGAAGGUUCUCGUCAGCCAGCGGUACGGUGCCAUCACGCCACUGCAACACCUGCACCAGCUCAAUCCCGAAAUCGAGCAGCCCUCGCGUGACGAUGCCGUCCUUUUCUCCAGUGAAGAACUUGCCAUCGAAGGGCUGAGCUCCUAUUGUGGCACCACUGGAAAAAGCAUCGGUGGCACCAUGUGCCAUGUCGUCACACUGGGCACCCUCCGCACUCCGGAAACCCAAGCGCCACCAGAGGAUGUCCCUUAG